UAGAUGUCGAUUAUCGAUGUUUUGGUGCGAAUCGACACGUGUGUGUGUGUGUUUAUUUUCGUUGCGAUUUGCGUUUCGCACAGUGUCGCGUGAUUAUUCCGCGAUUCUCCCGACGUAAUGUAUUCCGAGUCGACCGAUUUCAACAGCGAGGAAAGCGUGGACACCUGGUCGCCGAAGCGAACGAUAAUCGAUGACAAUCGCGACGACACGACGUCGUAUCUCGUGCACGAAUUCGGUGACUUGGUCGAUCAUCAUGGCUGGAUUCAAUGUCACUCUAAAACCUAUCCCGAUCGCGUGUAUUUUCACAAUAUGCACAGCAACUGCAAUACGUGGUACAGACCCAUCUCGCGCUACAUCGACAUCCCGUCCAUCUCCAUCAGAAAGGUGUUUCAUAGAGAUGACGGGUCGGCAGCGAACAAUAUAGAAUUGUUGUCAGUAUCGGACAACGAGAAGGAGUCGGCUGCUUCGGUUGCAGAUGACGAUAGAUCGACAGUAAUUCCGGAUGUCGUUGCGCGAUAUUAUUACACACCUCAGGUGGAUCUGACCUCCGACGUGGAUGAUUUGAAAUCAUCUCCGGAUAGAUCACCAUCGGUCGACGCAUUUGUCAAUGAAUAUCUUUACGACAAAGAAAAAGACAUCAAUGGGAACAACGUCGACGAGGGUAUCGGAGACGAAAGGAACAGUUCGGAAAUGGAAUGCGCCACGAAUUUUCUCGAAACCGAGUUUUUCGUGGGAGAUGGUGAGGUGAACCUCGAAAAGAUCAAUCGGGUAAUCAAUUUCUCGAUGAACGACGACGAAAUCUCUUCCGCGACCACGCUGUCUACUUCCGCGAUCGAGCCGUACGUGGUUUACGGCGUUCCUCGCCUGAAGAAGAUCAGUCUGGAGGAUCAGCUGAUCAAGCAACGGAGAACUCGCGUCUCCAAUCGCGUCGAGAAGGGACCCAAAAAAAUAAUUUGCGACAUGUACGGCGUGAAGACCAUCAAUUACGAUCUGCCUACGCAGGAUCAGGUGCAGGCGCAGGUGGGAGUAAAAUCGUCGACGUUGAGCGAGAGCGACAGCGACGUAAGUGAACCACCGCCGUCGAGGAACGUGAAAACGCUGCCGUUGUUCGAGUCCGAGUGGUGCGACAUAGAGAAGAACUUGCAUCAACCGUUACUGAGCGAUCCGAGUUCCAGUCCGUCGUCACGGUCCGAUACGAACAACUCUAGUACGUGCUGGAGCACCAGCUCCACCACUUCCUCUACGUGCUCUGUGUGCUCCACGUGCACUGAAAAAAGCAUGUCUUGAACAAAAUAUCAUAUAGUUAUAGUUCUACCUUACAUGACAUACAUUGAAAAAAAAUUUGUCAACUUGACUAAACCU